AUGGCUAAGUUCAAACCAGAAUGGUUUUAUUUUAAACUAAAGGUAACGUCGCAUGAUUCGGAAAAAGACAAUGAGAUCCAAGUGGAUAAAGUAACUUGGCUUCAAAUGUUGAAUACAGCUUUGAAAAGAUCUCACGGUGUAUUUGGCGAAGCAAUUGAGUACGAAUUAUUAUACGUGGAUAAUUUGGAUACUAUUGCAAAGGUAAGCGUCAAUGAUACUGAUAUUUUUACUACUGCCAUAAGCACUUACAUAGCGAGCGAUGAGUUGGUCGGUACCUCACUAAUAAUAAAUGUGCUCGAACAAAGCAAUAACCUGUCCGGAUUGACCGUUCAUGAGGAUGAUAGAAUAUGGUUCAAGAAAUUGGUAGAAUCCGAAGCCGAGAUAGAAGCUGAAUCCAAAGAAAAAGAAAGAUUAUAA